UCAUUACAUAAAAUUCUUAGCCAUUUAUUACACAACACAACAAGAAUUAAGUUUGUAUUGUCAUAGCACAAACAAAGUAUCGACCAGAAAUUUAUCUCCGCAGGUAAAGGCCGUUCUUCCACAGCCUCUAUUUUUUUUUUUAAAUACCGCUCAAUGACAUCUACGCUAAAUAAACUUACAACAAUAUUUCAUAAAUAACUGCUGGAAAAAAGUUCUAAAAAAGAAAAAUAUACGUUCUACAAAAUGCCAAAGGAAAGGUGGAGAGGCAAAAGAGCUUUUAUGGAACAACUUCGGCGAACAGUGUCGUACCGAGGGCGUUUACUAGGUAUAUUUAAGACGCAGACAUUCGCUAACAAAGCGUACCCACAUCGAAGAAACAGAAGGAAAAAACUGCACCGGCGGGCGCAAAACGUCCACGACGACAAACAUCGUUGCCGAGUUCCACCGAUCUUUGUAGAUAUGCAAAGCAUCGUCCUUUGUAACAUGAUCUUAUUGUGUUCAGAAAUCCCCGGCGCCAACCUGAAUACGAAACAACUUAUGUCGAUUUAGAAAUUUAUUAGAAUUCCAAAGAAAUUUUCAUGCUGAGCGCGAACCAGUCGACGUGCGCUGAGCAAGUUAUUGUUGCAUUCCACACUAGUGCUCUUCUGUUUUUGUCUUGUAUUAUAGGAAAUUGUUGAAGACGUUUCUUUAAAACGCACGUCGAAUUGGAAUACAUUGGUCAAGAAUUCUAAUAUGACCGA